CCGCGCUGACGUGCUUGACAGAGAAAGGCAGAGCGAGUGAAGCUCGCACUUCACACCGAGCCGAGUAGCCUGCAGCCCGCAGCCGUGCUCUUCGCGUCUCCUGGGCGGCUUCGUUUGGGAUCCUAGAACCUGCUUCUAAACCCCAUGCAAGGUAACUUCUUCAAAUGAUGACUAAUCUGCUACGUUCAAUACGGUUCAGAUGGCGAUUAUAGAAGAUUCCAAGUAACCAGCCUAAGCACUGUUAAUUUUUCCAAGCAACUUAUCGACUUGUCGUCUUUUCUAGUGGAGUAACAGUAUUGUUUAGUAUACCCAACAUCACACUAACAAGCAUUGAAGCGUGGUAGAAUUUCACAUUGAAAAAUAACUGAAGACCACUCAGGUCCUUAAUAAAUGGUCUAGUAGGUCUGGUGACUCUUUUUAUUGAAGCUGACUUUGAAUAUUGUCUACUCUGUUAGUCAUCAUCUAGGACAUCAGAACAUAUACGUCAGGAGGUCCACAGACAGCCUUUCCACAUGUCAGAAGUGUUCCUUUAUAUUAAAAGAAACCUGAGUGUUGAUUGUUAUCUUUAACCACUCCAAGAAGCAAAUCCCACCCAAAGCUACUGCAGUGAAAGAGACCAAUCAGGCAUUAACCAAGUCAUUAAAUGUCAGCAGCCCUCAUGGAAGGACAGUUUUUCGCAGUGAUGUUUGCCUUUUUCUUGGCAAUAAGAGGAACAUUAUCUCAAAAUGAUACAGACCCCAUUGUACUGGAGGGUAAAUGUCUGGUGGUCUGUGAUUCAACUCCCGCCACUGAGCCAGCUGGAACUGCCCUUGGAAUGUCUGUACGAUCCGGGACUGGCAAAGUGGCCUUUUCGGCUAUUCGAAACACCAACCAUGAGCCUUCAGAAAUGAGCAACCGGACCAUGACUAUCUACUUUGACCAGAUCCUGGUUAAUGUUGGAAACCAUUUUGACCCUGCCAGGAGCAUGUUCAUCGCCCCCCGCAAAGGAAUCUACAGUUUCAAUUUCCAUGUGGUCAAGGUGUACAACAGACAGACCAUUCAGGUGAGCCUGGUGCUUAAUGGUUGGCCCGUGAUCUCAGCCUUUGCCGGGGAUCAGGAUGUGACAAGAGAGGCUGCAACAAACGCAGGGCUGAUCAUGAUGGAGAAGGGAGACAAGGCUUAUCUCAAGCUAGAAAGAGGCAACCUCAUGGGAGGAUGGAAGUUUUCCACAUUCUCGGGUUUCCUUGUCUUCCCUCUUUAAAGAAUCCAGAAGAGUACACCUCCAGUCUGAAAGCUGACCACAGUGCCAUGUUGCAACCCUUAUAAAAAAAAUAAAGAAAGAACAGAUGUCCAUUAUAAGACAGCUACUCUCUCUGCAAAGGAGAGCAAAUCUUAUUUAUUUUAAAGGCAGUAUUGUAUGUGUUAUGAGCUUCAUGUCAAAGUAUGGAAGGCUGUCGUCGCUUACCCCAAAAUAUGGCAGUCAAGUUAAAGAAAGUUUUAACUUGAGGGCUGAAUGUUCCAGUAUUUAACAUGCCCACUAGCAGACCAUUCUUCAGUGGAGUCUUCUUGCUUUUUUUCUUUUUUCUCUAAAUGAAGCUCAUAUCCAUAAGUUUUGCUUGUAACUCACCAGUCCUGAAUUAUCAACCCAGGUGUAUGGACAGUUGACUCCUUUUAUUAGGCAAAAAAAUAUCUUUAUGAUCAUUUAUCUUAAAUUAUUUCCCUGCAUUCUUUUUAUUGUGCCUUAAUGUACCCAUGCAUUUCACACAACAUUGGAAGAAGUAAAGGGAGAGAAGACUGAGCACAAAUAUGGAAAAAUUUCAAAGUAAAAAGUAAAUUAAUCAAUUUUUCAUCAACAGAGUAAGUUAGAUCUAUCUAUCUAUCUAUCUAUCUAUCUAUCUAUCUAUCUAUCUAUCUAUCUAUCUAUCUAUCUAUCUAUCAAAUACAAAUAAAUGAAUAAAUUACACAUAAAUGGUUAUUUAUUGUUACUGAGAAAGCCAAUAUGCUAGAUAGACAUGGAACAUGAGAUCUGAAUUGAGCGGCCUAGUGUCACUCAUGAUGUGUCUCUGCUCUCCCGCUCAAACUUAAGACUGCAAUCCUUUGCUUCCCUUGUGUAUCUUUUGCCCUCAUUGUCAGUCAGGUUAUCAACAAAUGGUCACCCACCCAUCUGUCAGGUUUAAAAUGAACACAUCACAGACAUCUCGCUGGUAUCCUUCACAUAUACCACUUAUUCAAAUGUGUGGGUACUGCUGGCACCAAAGGCCCUGUAAUGUCCAUGAAUUGACAUGUUUCUGUUGACACAUUUGUGUCUUGUUGAAUCAAGUAUUGGAUUCUUUUCAUACAGGCUGGUGCAUCUGGUGAACAUUUGAAUUGUUUUAUGUAUAUUUAGUGCUUAACUGUAAGUAAAAUGUAAUCUUCUAAAUCACAAGCUUCUCAUAUUUCAUGUGAUUUAUAGAUGUGUCUUUCAUUGCUCCAUUGUUGACUAUAUGCACAAUGCAUGAUUUGUUAAUCUUCUGAAGGGGUGCCUGCCACACGGGUAUAUGAUGGGACAUCUGCUCAGGACCGAAAGCAGAAAGGUGAGCUCUUUCUAACACUAAUAACAAGCCUACUACUUAAAGUGUACAUUGUAGGGGCAUAGCCAGGAAUUCAUUUCAGGGGAGAAUGAGAAAGUACAGGAAUCAUAAUAAUUCUUUCUUUGAUCAAUCAGCUGAAAUUGUCAUAAAAUGCAUUUUCAACCCUUGCCACCUCCCAACCUAUACUACAUUGACAUGAAUGCCAGUGGUAAAAUCAAAAAAGGAAAAUGUUAAUUGCUUUAUUUCAAAUGAAUUGAGAAAAGAACAGUAAUGUUUUGUCAUUCUGUUAAAUGCUGUUUCCAUGUUUACUCCAACUUUGUAUAAAAUCUGAAUUACUGUAUCUUUUAGGUUACAUCUGUUCAAAUCUAUGGAUUGCUUUCUAAGGCAUCCACUCUGUUGCAAGUUUCCAGCGAUACUCAUCAAUGUACAUUUAUCAGCAGAAUCUUAUGUAACAUUCAUUUAAAUUUGAACAUAAAAUUUCUUUCAUUGAAAGGCACAGGAAAUUUGUCCAGUUAUUAGGUUUUAAUUUCUAAAAAAUGAUUAGCAUCUUUGCUUCUCAUAAAAGCAAAAAAGUUUUUCAUGAAUUCUGUGCAAUAAUGAAUAAUCUGUACAACAAAUGUAUACAUUGAUGGUAAACUUUCCCGUGUCUAAAUAUGAAAUUUAUACACCUUUAAAGCCAUAUAAUGUUUAUUUUAGUUCUGCCACCAGGAUUGGGUAAUCAAAGUGAAAUAAAAUAAAUAAAGUAAAUAGAA